UGUCACCUCAGUGUCACCCCCAUGCCACCUCUGGGUCACCUCAGUGUCACCCCAGUGUCACCUCGGUGUCACCCCACGGCACACCCCGGGGGCGGUCGGGCGUGGCCGGGGGCGUGUCCCAGGUGUGUCCCCGCCCGUGGUGGCCCUUGACGGGCGCAGCUUUGCCAACGGGCGCAGCACGGGGCUGGUGCUGGACUCGGGCGCCACGCACACCACGGCCAUCCCCGUGCACGACGGCUACAUCCUGCAGCAAGGCAUCGUCAAGUCGCCGCUGGCCGGGGAUUUCAUCUCCAUGCAGUGCCGGGAGCUCUUCCAGGAGCUCAACAUCGACAUCGUGCCGCCCUACAUGAUCGCCGCCGCGGAGCCGGUGCGGGAAGGGGCCCCCCCGAGCUGGAAGAAGAAGGAGAAGCUGCCCCAGGUGUCCAAGUCCUGGCACAACUUCACCUGCAACGAGGUGAUCCAGGACUUCCAGGCCUCGGUGCUGCAGGUCUCGGACUCACCCUACGACGAGCAGGUGGCGGCGCAGAUGCCCACGGUUCACUACGAGAUGCCCAACGGGUACAACACCGACUACGGGGCCGAGCGGCUCCGCAUCCCCGAGGGGCUCUUCGACCCCUCCAACGUCAAGGGCCUCUCGGGGAACACCAUGCUGGGCGUGGGACACGUGGUCACCACCAGCAUCGGCAUGUGCGACAUCGACAUCCGGCCGGGUCUCUACGGCAGUGUCAUUGUCACCGGAGGGAACACGCUGCUGCAGGGCUUCACCGACCGCCUGAACCGGGAGCUGGCUCAGAAAACCCCCCCUAGCAUGCGCCUCAAGCUCAUCGCCAGCAACAGCACCAUGGAGCGCCGCUUCAGCCCCUGGAUCGGGGGCUCCAUCCUGGCCUCACUCGGAACGUUCCAGCAGAUGUGGAUCUCCAAGCAGGAGUACGAGGAGGGCGGGAAGCAGUGCGUGGAGCGCAAGUGUCCCUGAGGGCGCCGAGGGGCCUGAGGGGCCUGAGGGGCCUGAGGGAGCCUGAGGGGCCUGAGGGGCCUGAGGGAACCUGAGGGGCCUGAGGGGCCUGAGGGAACCUGAGGGGCCUGAGGGGCCUGAGGGAGCCUGAGGGGCCUGAGGGGAAAAUCGCGCAGCCGUCCAUUAAAACCCGCACAACCCA